AUGGCGAUGACGAUGACGACUCUGGAAGCCCUGCUUCUUCUCCUUUCUCAUAUAUUCUCUAGGCUCCGCUAUAUCGUGGCGAUGCUACACGCGUUGGUUAAGCUGAAGCUGAAGAGGCAGCUAGGCAGAUCAGGUCAGGUCAGGUCAGGCACGGAUUGCAAUGGGUGUGGUGUACACGGAACACGGAGAACGGAAUACGGAGCAACAGCGCUGCAACCAACUCACUUAGACCGUCUAUCGGCUCGCCCAACCACACAAACACGAUUCGUGUUAACAAAAGUCGGUCAGUGUGUUUAA